AUGUCCUCGCCGUCAACGUCUGCGCCCUUGGAACAGCCCGUUUCCGAGGCGCUGCUGCUCGUACUCGGUCCCGUGUUCAUCGGGACACUGUUCAGCUGGCUUCUGUACGGUGUUUCAUGCGUACAACUAUAUCUCUACCAUGUAUCAACGUACAAUGACGCCUCAUGGAUUCGCUCUCUGGUAUAUGUGAUCUUUCUUCUAGACACAUAUCACACUGUCGUCGCUGCUUUCAUGGGCUGGAACUUCUUGUGUUCUGGCUGGGGCCGUCCGUCCGCUCUGGUAUACCCCGGAUGGACCUUUGUGUCCAUUCCGAUCAUCUCUGGGAUCGUUGCUGCUCUGGUUCAGAUCUUCUACGCAUGGAGGAUCCACAUUUUGCGCGGCUGGCGCAUGUUGCCUUUGCUCAUCAUCGCGCUCGCUCUCCUACAAGCAGCUGGCGGGAUCUCGACGGGAAUUGGGGUUGUACCAUUCACCAAUGUUUCCCAGAUUCAUUUACUCGAGUCCAGGAUUGAUGUAUGGCUUGCCGGAAGUGCCACAGUGGAUGUUAUUAUCUCAGUCUCUAUGGUCUACAUCCUCUUCACGGCUCGCCAAAGCUCGAUGAUCUCGCUGCACGGCGAGCGGAUCAUCAAUAGGCUCAUCCGACUCUCCGUCGAGACGGGAAUCGCGACUACGACAACAGCCGUAUUGGAGCUAGGCAUGUUCUUCUGGACCCCAAACGCGAACUUCUACGUGCUUCUCUCUCUCAUCCUCUGCAAAGUGUACUCCAACGCACUCAUGACCUCGCUCAACUCCCGUGCACUUCUCAAGCGCUCUCGAGGCUCCUUAGGUCCCGAAUCAACCUCAACGUUCACCAACUCGGGCGCUUCGGCGACAUUCGGCGGUACGCGGCGGCACGUCGAGGCAAUCUCGCUCCCGCCUAUAUCUAUGCCCGUCGUGCACGUCUCUUCUGAGACUGAGGUGUUCAGGAACUCGGCUGAUAAGCCGCCGGGUAGCCUGAAGGCUAUCUCCGAGUACGACUCGAUCGAGAUGGUCGAAGAGGUAACCUUCUCGCAUGCCGACCACGUAGCCACAGCUGUGUGA